UCACGUUGCAGGAUUUUAAAAUUGUCGUACAGAGGGAGCAGCUGUCUGCAGUCAAAGCAAAGCGAUCUUGGUCUGGAUGUGGCGUUCCACAACUGGAGUGGUAUUAACAACGCGUGCUGUGUGUGGGUAAUUCGGCGUCGUGCAUUUCAGUGAGCUCUGCGGCGGACACUUGGACCAUUUUUUCACCAUGUCUCCACCGUGGUUGACACCUUAAAAGAAUACCAAAUGGCGUGACGUACCAAGAGAACUUAACGUAUCAUGCGUGGUCAACUGUUCAUGUGUAAGAGGCCAAAUUUUUGUGUAGGAUUACCUUUUGAUUUCCGGGACUAACGACGAUGGCCAAAGCUACAAAGCGAGCAUGGAAACUUCAAGAGUUCGUCGCUCACGGCUCGACAGUAAAAUGCCUCGCUAUUGGCCACAAAUCUGGCCGCGUCAUGGUCACCGGCGGCGAGGACAACAAGGUCAACUUGUGGGCCAUUGGCAAGACCAACUGCAUCAUGAGCUUGACUGGACAUACGACGGCGGUGGAAUGCGUCAAGUUCUGUCCAGCCGAGGAGAUGGUGUGCGCGGGCUCCACAUCGGGAACAGUCAAGAUCUGGAACUUGGAAGCUGCCAAAAUGGUCCGGACGCUCACUGGUCACAAGGGAAAUGUACGGUGCAUGGAUUUUCACCCUCAUGCAGAAUUUGUGGCAUCAGGGUCAAUGGAUACUACUAUAAAGCUUUGGGACACAAGAAAAAAGGGAUGUAUAUACACUUACAAGGGUCACAACAAAUGUGUGAAUAGCCUCAAGUUCAGUCCUGAUGGGCGAUGGAUUGCAUCAGGGAGUGAAGAUGGCAGUGUUAAGCUUUGGGACCUUCCUGCGGGCAAGAUGCUGUCAGAGUUUCGGGACCAUUGUGGGCCUGUAAAUGAUGUAGAUUUCCAUCCAAAUGAGUUUCUCCUGGCGAGUGGCAGCUCAGACAGCACGGUCAAGUUCUGGGACCUGGAGAAUUUUAAUCUUGUCUCUUCUACUGAGAAUGACUCUGGUGUUGUCAGGUGCGUCUUCUUCAACCCUGAUGGUGCCUGCCUAUUUAGCGGUGCAGAAGACUUCCUAAAGGUUUACUGCUGGGAGCCUGUAAAAACAUGUGACACUCUGGUCAUGGGAUGGAAUAGAGUGGCUGACAUUUCUGUCGCUCAAAACCAGCUUAUUGCUGGAGCAUUUUCUUUAACAAAUGUUGCUGUAUAUGUGAUAGACCUUAAUAGGGUUCAACCGUUUGGAGGGAUGCCAAAUAACUCUACUGUGCCUCAGUAUAUUACCGCAAGCCCUUUCAAAGCAGGGUCUCAUAUCCGGAGAAGCUUUUCUAAAGAUAAGAAGGACGCAGCUGACUUUCAAGUGAUGCGUAUGAAGCCUUUGGAGGAUGGCGAUGCUUUUCCCUUGGAGACGGAGCUAGAUGAUGCUUGCAUCAAAGAUGUUAGGGACUACAACAAAAUAUUCCACCCGUCACAGGAAUCGUCUCUGGAGUCUGUGGUCGAGAAUGGAAUGUCACGCACUCCACCCAAGGACAAUCCGUUCCCUGCGCCCCUUGAGGACUCGUUCAAGCCAGCCCUGGAGCCACAGAGCAGCAAGGUGGUGCGAUUAAGUGGUGCCUCCAAUCCGUGUGUUCUCACGGAACGACCUGGAGCCACGGUGAAGGAGACACGGCAGCUAAGUGUCACUACCAGCUACUCAGCUAUGGGCACAACCUUCACGAUACGACCCAGAGGCUCAUUGGUGGGCUCAGGGGCCCUGCUUGCACCAGAGCCGCCAACACCCAGUAUAAUGGCAGCCAUACCAGGCUACAGCUCUGUCGGAGUAGUGCCCAGCAACAUACCUGUGCCAGCAAGUGUUCUCCCAAGCAAAGUAACCACUCGCGCUGCCAUGCCCACGGGACCAAUCUCUGUCGUUGCAACCAGCUUAGGGAAGCCUAUUGAGAAGGCCACUGCCAUGGUGCGCACAUCGUCAUCACAAGUAGUGGAAAGCAGUUCGACAGUAUCAAUAGUGCGCCCUGUCAUGAGUGUGCUGCCCGACAGCAAGGAAGCCCUGGCACCACCUCAGAAAGCCGUUGUUCACCCUGAACAGAAACAGUCAGUGGAUUAUGUACCUUCACAGAGGGACACUCCAGCAGGCCUGGAUCUUGACGAGUUUCUUCCGCCGCAUUUGCAAGCAAGUUUACACCUAGGCAGUGCUGGUAUACCUGAGAUGUCGGAGGGUGAAGCGUUACGCACCAUUGCUGAGCAGCACAAGACUCUCCUGGCAGUGCUACACCACCGUCUGAGGAAUAUAAAAAUUGUUCUGGCCCAGUGGAGCAAGGAUCCAAAGGUGGCACUUGAAACAGCAAUAAACAUGAACGACCAGUCCACACUAGUUGACAUUCUCAAUAUUGUAGUUUUAAGGCCGCAAAUAUGGACUUUAGACAUGUGCCAGACAAUACUGCCUGCUAUUUUUGAUCUACUUCAAAGUAAAUAUGAGUCGUACAUGUCAACCGGUUGUGCCUGUCUCCGCAUCCUGCUCAAGAACUUCGCCUCAAUCAUCAAGACGAACAUAACAGCACCGCCUGGCGUAGGAGUGGACAUCUCCAGGGAAGAAAGGUACAACAAGUGCAUGAGCUGCUACAACCAGCUGCUCUCCAUCCGGUCGUUUCUGCUCAAGCGCCAGACGAUGCAGGGCAAGCUGGGUCACCUCUUCCGCGAGAUGCACAUCCUCAUGCAGGGCCUCGAGUGAGCUCGCCGGCGGGUCCGUCAACACUCAAGCAAUCCACCACCGACAGUGCCAUUGUGUGAAUACUUCACCACUCAUAGACGGGCUACCGCCGAUGCUUUGGAACUCUGGGUAGCCUCCUUUCUCGUUGCGCACCUACCUCGCCAACGAGAGAGAGAGAGCCGAGCCGAGCGCAUCGCAAAGCGCGUGCCUUCUUGCGCUUUGCGACGCUGGCUUCGAUCCGUGCCCUUUCGGGCCUGCCUGGCGGAGCGAGCGGGAAUGCGAGAGCUGAUGAGAUAGCCUGUCGAUGGCGUAUGGCCGCCGCCGAGACGAGCUAAGAUGCGCCGGGCCAACACCUUGCCGACACGGCCACACAUUCCCUUCGGCCGCGCGCAUCUCACAGCGGUGCCUUUUGUGACGACGGUUUUGACGGGAACACCGCUCUGUGAUAAAGAAGCCAUGUUGUUGCGAGGUCUUUGUGUAUGCCAUUGUACGAUACUUUUAGAGUUUCUAGCAUGGGCUUUUUGCCGUUAUUAUUCUUUUUUCUUUGCAUGUUUUUGUAUGGGUGAUACACAGCGCCUCCUUCGCGUUGUGUAGAUGAAAACGUUGUUUAUCAUCUGGAUUACUUUUUUUCGGAGUCGCUGUUAUAAAUAACAGUAAUAUAAAAUAUUUAUCCUAUCGCCGUUUGUGUCUUGCGCGAGUACGUCAAAUGAGCUGGUUUUGUCUCGUGUAACACUAGCUGGAGUCGAUCUGGAAAGGAUCCCAGAAAGAAAUUGUAAUAGACAUUCUAGAAUUGUCAGCCACUCAACAGCUUUCAUCAUGGUGACUAAAAGGCUAACACCGACGCCGAAUGUGUGUGAAGCGUACAUGGCUCGUGUCGGUGUGGAUGUUUUUGGCACAUUUCUUUGGGCUGCUAUUUUAACACGAUUAUGUCUAGCGCUUCGCCCCUAACUUUCCUACAUGAAAAUGCUACUAGAUGAUGCCUUGGCUGUCAUUUUUCGUUGCCUUUGUUUACCCAAAUCAACAAAUGCUAAAAAUCAAUAGUGCCGUGGACCACUCAGCAACGUUUGCGUCACUAUAUGGUGUGCGUCGUCGUUGCUUUUAGCUCAUCAUUCAUGACGUUUACGAGUCGAGCAUGUAGAGCUGUAGUGUAUCUGCUUUAUAAGCACGCAGUGUGUACGUCGGGCUCAGGAUUCCAGUGGGCGUUGCUUGGAUGUUCAUUGACGGUCGUAAUAAGCAGAAUGAAAUGCAGCGUGAUAUGAGUGUUCAGGGUUUCAAAUGAGUGCGUCCCGUAUUUUUGGUAACAGGAACGAAUACGACAGCGGUUAAAACUGAAAUAAGUUACUAACAUGUUGGCCCUUCCAAAUAGUGUUUACUUGGCAGCUGGGAAAAUCAAUAAGGUGCGGUGCUUAGCUGUGUGUUGUCUGCUUCUCUUUCUCUUGUGUUCGUGUUUGCACGCCUUGCCUUCUUUCAUGAUGGAUCCUUAACUAUAGGUCAACUUUCUGUCGUUCUUAGCCUCUUCUCUUCGCUGGAUACCUCGCGUAGCUGAAUUAAGCCGCAUUCCUGGUGCGUAUGUAUUGGCAAUCGAUUCGUGGAGUAAAAACACGUGUACUGUUCGGGCUACACGGGGAUCCGUUGGAUUGCCUUCCAAAAACUUUUUUUUCUACGUCGUUUUCUUCAAUGAAAGCAGCUUUUAGAUUGAUAGCCUACUUGCCGAUUCAAUUUAUGAGAAGAAAAAAAAAUAGUGCUAAGUGAACCCGCCUACCGCUAACCACACACAGCUGAACAUCGAAGAGACGAUAUGUGAUCAUCGGUGAGGUGCUUGUAAAAUCUUGGAAGGGACGGACAACCGGCCUGAGCGUGGGAUCAUGUAUCGGUGGAAAUGGAAAGACCGUGAACUAUAGUGACAGAAUUGAGCAUUGUUCUCGCGAUUUUAGUCGCAUUUGUAUUCAUAAAUUGCGCUUGAAAGUCAUAAAAACUAGAGUCACUGUAUAUGCUACCUUUAGGUAGCAGAGUAGCGCAUAGGUCCGGCUAGCAACCACAGCUAUGCGGUGAAGUCGCACUCCAUUUUUGCAGGCGACAUGCCUACCGCGUCGCCGAUAAACAUGUCUGGCGUGUCGAAGGCCGGCGAUAAACAUUGGCUGUCGAUGACUAGUGUUAAUUCAGUGAGCUGCAGCGGCGGCGUCGAGAAAUACAAAAAUUGGCCCGAGCGUCAGCUUCUCCGCAAUGCAUGGUUGCUAGCGGCGUUGGAAAACAGAUGCGCAACUCUGCUACUUAAAGGUAGCAUAUACAGUAACUUAAUAAAAACCGGUAUGUCGCGUCGCCUCGUGGAAAAGCCUUGAUACUGAGCGAAGGAGUCGUUCGGAUUGCCGUAAGUGGUCUGCUGUUGUGUAGGCGCGCCAUAAUUCGUGAAUAAAAAUGCAGUCCUUAUGAUGGAUUGCCAUCUUUAUUCUAUGCUUAAUUACGAGCUAAAAGGUGUUACGCUAAAGAGCGGCGCUGUCUUCGCGGCAGCUAGUUUUAUACUAACACAAAGGGACGCGCUUCACUUUUUCAAGCAAGGUGGGGUUGCCUUAGAACGCGGAGUCUCAGUAAAGCGAGAUUCGGUAAAGAAGAAUGUACUUGCUCUGGGGAAGCUAAGGAGACGAUGGAACAUGUGUGAAGGUAGCCACCCGGGUGCGAAGGUGUGAAGGUAUACCCACCCGGGUGCAUGUUUGGUUGGGCAUUAGCCUACAUGAAGCCUUCGGUUUUAGGCACAGAUGGAAGUAAAAUGCGGUUGGAAGAUUGGCGGCGGUGAAGUUUGGAGAAAUAAAUAGUGGGGAAAAUAAGGUAACUCUGCCGCCGGGCGCAGGGAGUUCGGCUGUGAAUUUAUGAGCUCUUUAUUUCUGUAGGAAGAAAGUUUUAAUUAGAUAGACAAGGCAUUAGGCCGGAUUAAAAGAUAAUAAUUAAAGUAUUUUUUUAUGGGGAUGCUCAUAGCAUCCACCCAUCUACAGCGGAACCGAAAACCUUAUUUCAAGCCACGCAUGCGCGGCGAAUACGCAGCGCGCGAACACGAGCCAGCAACACUGGCUUCAUAAACACAAGAACUCACUUGCUUGCCAGCGUAUAACCGCUAUCGUGCUGAUUUAUCACUGUUUGCAGCAUGUGUUGCAUGUACGACUUGAUCGGCGCAAGAGAUCGACAAGUUAUGAUAAAAAAAUGUUUCACGGCGUUUUCCGCGUUACCAUUCCGCGAUUCGGCGCUCUGACCGCUAAGCUUUCUGCGGCACUAAAGAAAGCAGGUACCAUAAAAAUUAGUUGUCAGCCCCUCAAAAUGAAACAGUUUGUUUGGUUCAUUGAACAUUUUGGGGGAAAAAAAAUACUUGUAACAUGGUGCGCAGCGAGGGGCUUUAAAAUAGGCGGUGGAAACAGCUAGCCCCACUCGGUACGUUAUAGUCUAUACGUCCUUGCUAAACGCAAGGCUGAAAGUCGCUGCGCUUGACCUACUGCGUUUUUUUUUUUUUAUUGGCUGCCGCCUCAUGAAAUUUCAGUUAGAGCGUUCCGGAGAAUUUUAGUAUGAACGCUAAAGAAUCGGAAUAAUGUCGCGCAAUACUUUCGUUUAUGCCCGUUAUAUCUUGGUUAUAAAAGUGGGCUGUGUGAAGUGUCUAGAGCUAAAGAAGGCCCCUUUUCGAGACAAGUUGAAUUUGGUCAGAAGUCAUCGCCGUAACUCGUUACGGAAAGAGGGUGGAAGAAGCACAGACGACACGAAGGAAGCUUAAUAAUGUACACAGUCUGAAUCACACUUCUCCGGAGCGGCCAGUCGGCCGCUUCACCCGCCGUUAUUUUGCGAAAGUAUGUAGAGACCGGCGCCGUGAUGAUGCCAAACGUAAUCAUACCGCACGAUGAGGAGAUCUUGUGCUAUAAUUCAAGCAUGAAUUAUAUGACCUAUAUGAUGAUAUGACCUUGUGCUAUAAUCUAAGCAUAAACAGAAGCUUGUAGCUAACGCGAGGUAGCAGCUGCGGACGGCGUCAGCAUCCACAGCCACGCGUUCGACCACUCUAGGCAUGUGAGAUGCAGACUGUACACAACUUUUCCCGUGUUUAGUGCGGCCCUCCAAGUAAUACCUUGACUGCACGGCAUAGAUCGGCUGCGCAAUCAUUUGUUAAGAUACCGAACAUUCCAUAAUAAUCUGAGUUGUAAACGUCAAAAGUAAAACUACAAAGGAAAUGAACCUUCGUCUCUGCGAAUAUCGCUACAUUGCUUAUGGAACUCCGUGGUGGUUUAAUUAAAGGGACACUAAAGGCAAAUUGUAAGUCGACGUUGAUUGUUGAAAUAGCGGUCCAAAAUCCUCGUAGUGCUACUUUUGUGCCAAGGCAGUGCUUAUUUUGAAAUAAAAUCACGUUUUUCUGGUCCGCAUCGCGUUAGCGCACUUUCAAAUCACCCGCCUGAAUGCGGUCUUUCUCACGUUACUGUUGCCGUGCCCAACGUUGCCCGCCUUUACUGCGCGGCGGCGUGCACUGGCGGCGUGCACCAUUCCGGCAUCCGGCAACACCACAUGCAUGCGGCAUUUUUUUCGAACUUUCUGUCAGAGCGACAUUCACGAGCGCGCAAAACACACGCGGCAGUACGCGAUACCGAAACUACCCCUGAGACGCGACCGCGUGAGCGAAGCAGGGCGCCGGGCGAAGCGCAGUUCGGCGAAAACGGAACCUUUGAACCACGCGCGCCGUCCCCCAUGGCAACGCCAAAGAGGCUUUUUUUUCCAUGAAUCAAACAGAAACGAACAAGCAGCAUUUUAUUACGUCUCUUGAUGCACGGAAGGUUCUUUUUUUUUUAUUGCAGCUAGUUUGAUUACGAGUGAUUAAUUAUAAUCGGACUCUCACUUCAUCGGGAUCAUUUCCAAAAUGUCCCACUCGUGGCGCUCAUCGUGUGAUACAUUUGGCUUAAUUUCUCGGUAAGUAGGGCACUGCUGUCGAUAAUAUUGCCGUUUUAAACGUCGUCACACAUUGAGCUUUCACUAUGACAUAAAUUGUUAUUUGCCUUUAGUGUCCCUUUAAGCUACACUAAAGCUCUCCUUGGUAUGACACAUCUAAACGGAACGUGCUUUUUUUUUCUUCCACAAAGAAAAAAAUACUUGAUAUGAGCCGUGCACUUAUUGCGAACGCUCUCUCUACCAAUGUUGCAUAUGAUGGGGGCCAGUGUACACCCAGUCUGAUAACGCGGGUUGCUGUCGUGAAACGUUCUCUGAUGUCUCCAGUCUCGCUUGUGUAUUGUCUUCGGCGUGCCAGGCAUUCAUCCUCAAUGCUGAGAAAAAUUGCACAGUGUAAAUUAGGUGCUCCUUGCCACGCUUCUGUGUUGUGUGUACAUUUAUUGUUAACUGCAUUUUUGAUGGGUUUGUAUGUUCCGUUGCGCAGCUCCUUCGUGUCUCUUCUCGUUGACGAGCACCAUGGCCAUUAUGUGAAUGCUCGUAUUUGCUAGCCAUGUUUCGGGAAUCCACUCGCGGGGUGCUCUCUCGGUUUCGUGAAAACCAACCUUGUACUCUCUCCACCUUUCGUGCGAAACCUCAUUAAGAUUCACAAAGGUAUGACGGUGCUUCUGUGUUAGCUGACUCCUGAAGAGAUGCAGUCUUUGAGAAAACAGUUGUGGCUUGUUGGCGCAAGAAACGUUGUUGCAGGCUCAAUUAUAUACACAUUGUUAAUUAACAUAUUUAGGCGAUCAUUUUCUCGUAAUAAGAACUUGAAGGCUCUGGAAUGACGUGAGAAAAAUGUCUAUACUUCAAAUAUGUGAGGUACAUCACUGUUCCGCAGAAUACGGGUUCCGGCAGCGCUAUUCGAAUGUAUCAGUCUAAGCAGCCGUCGCGGAGGCAGCAAAGCGUUCUACAUUUCCAGCGUUUUCAAGCAUCUGUCACGCGCUCGGCAUCACUCGAGAUUAAAGAUGAGAUCGAAAAUUUUCCUUUUGAUUGUUAUUUUGGCAGCUUUCAAGGAACUAAGUCAUCUUAAGGAAUGACUCAAAUUGGAACUCAGGCUUUGGAGGCUGCUUCGCCGCAACGGCUAAGCGUUAUUGCGAAGGCCUACAGACACUGGAGUGAUGGUUUAAAUCGUGUGCUUUAACAUAACCAUUUAUUGCUCGUGAGCUACUUGUGCCGUCUAAAAACCGAAUUAUAAUAUCCUUCCGAGGCAAAUGAGUACCUUAGGUUUAUUUAUCGGCUUCUAAUGGGUCUUUUCUUAUUCACUGAACCGUUGUAUAUACGACAGUCGGGAUUUUUUUUUUUCUUUCUUUUUGGAAAGCUCACUUGCGCUACCUCUGGCUCCGCGGGCAUCUUCGAGGCACCGCAGUGGGACAGAAACGCGAACGGUGUGUUCAAUCUUGUCAUGAGUGUGUGAGAGCUAAUACUGAGCUGUAAUAUUGCUUCUCUUCUCGUUUAGUUGUGAGUGCGAGAGUGCGUGAUUAAGUUAACGUGUGUUGUGGAGAUGCAGUGCUUGCGGACUGACAAAUCGCGAUAUCACUUCAACCACAAUGAACUAUUCGAAACGCCGUGCCUUUCGUUAUGCGUCGCGAAGGCGCGAAAGCUUGUGGCCGCGAUGUAUAGAAAAAAGAAGCGUGCAUUGCUCGCACGUUGACACGCAGUAUACAUUCCCAGUCAAAAGCAUGUGCGCCGCGCUUCACCGAUAUGAAGGAACGUUCCAAACAACGACAUGGUAUAGGACAGUGUGAAGGAUGGCCAAAGCGCGGCCGCUCGACUUCCGCGCAAUUCGUGGCGUUUUUCAUUUUGUAUAUUUGUCGCUUUCGGGUUCGUGCGCUACCUCGCUCGAUUCAACGCGUUCUACCCGCACAUUGUUGACGGACAAAAACGAUCGGCAGUGUUGGGGAGCAUCGUCGGUUUUCCUUACCUGGCACAUCUCUCGUGCGUACGCACUUGAAACAAUCGGGGGUUGGACUUCUGACGUGUUUGUUCACUCCUGCGCUUUGCAUGCGGAGUUUGGGGUCAGCGCGCCACUUUCUAGAGUGUUUUAUUUGCCGUCUAUCUCAUUUCUUGCUAUACCUUUCGAAUGCACUGUGUGAGUGUGACCGCAUGACCUUCUCUCUCUUUUUUUUUUUUUUUUUCGCGCGGCCACUUGCAACACAGAUGUACUGCCAUUUUGUUUAAUAAGGACACAGUUUAGCUUGUGUAUCAUUAUAGGGUUCAUUGUUUAAUUCUGUUACACGCCGUUUCAGCCUUCUUUGGCGUGAUGUAUAGACGUGUUGGUGUAGUGUGCGAGUUGCGAGGAGUGAUUGUGUUUCAAUGGAGAGUUUCUUGGAUAAAGUAGGCAACCGGUGUUGUUUGUAGAUGGGCUCUUGAAGAGAUCUUUGCUCUGUUUCUAUGGCUUGUAAAAGUGUCGUCUAACAAGCUGCUAGAGCACAUCUUGUUACCGAGAUAAUUCUUUGACCUAAUCUGUUGUUCAGCCAGUUAUUGAGUCUCCUUGACCACUGCCUUAGGCAUAAUGAGUUAAUGGUUCGUUCCAGCCUAUAUUGCGCUGCUGUUCAUGGUGGAAAAAUGUCUCAGGCACGGUUUUCGUUCGUUCGACUGGGGAUACCUGAACGACCGCUUCGCGUCACCGCAGGUCAACUCACUCCUCGUCCUGUCCGCCUGUGAGCGAGCGAUGCUCCCGCACUGCGUGGUGCAGGAAUAUCUGCGGUUUUGCAUUUGUUCAAAAAAGAGUGUUUGCGUAGAAUGUGCGUUUGUAUGUCGCCUUCUGUGACCUCUGUGAGGUCGUUAUGGACGUUAGCAUAGCCAUUUACCGAUUCGUAGGGCCAACUUAGUCGCUACUGGCUGUUCACCGGAAACACAUAAUUUAACCAUUUCACUUUCAAUGAAGCGUUGCGGAAGCUCUUCGCGCACUUCGGCUCCCCCCUAACGACGAUCAUAACCAUUUCUUUGUAAACUCACCUAGUGUUUAUUGCUUUUCAUUUCGUAUGAUUGACACUGUGCACGGUAUAUGUCGCCUGUUUUUAAUCUGGCGACGCUGCCUUUUCAUUGUGAAAGAAAGGUAAAA